AUAACCUUAUAAUUUAUAAAUAUUUUGUUCGUAUCGUAUUUGGCCAAAAGAAACCACACACGUGAGUUAGACACCACGUCUUUACCUAAAACGUCAAGACAUUAAGUAUAUGUGUUCUCUUAUUUAUAUGUUGUUCAACAACCAAUAUUUCAUAUAAUGUGAGAUUUCUAACAUACACUUGAUAUACCAACAAUCUGUCUCUCAAAUGCGAGUCCAUCCAUUCAUCUAGACAUACUCCCCUCAAACGAAAGUUGUUUCAUCCAUACACUUCCCACCACUCUUGGCACCCACCACACAAACAGGACGCGCCAUUUAGCCACCAUUACUAAGAAGACUUUUAACAAAAGAAUGGUCCCUUUAGCAACCAUAAGCUUUGAUAUCAUUUUCUUCAUAUUACUUUUUUACUGUCAUUUUAUAUAUCUCUUUUAUCUCACAUUUUUAUCUCUUUUACUGUCUAUCACAUUUUUUUUUAUCACACUCAUGUAUAUUAUUAUUUACAUAUGGAUGUUGUAUGUUAAAUUUGAAUCUAAAUAAUAAGAGUGAAACAUUUAUUUUCCUUUGUAUUAUCCAAAUCAAUCUUUAUUUACUUACGUCGUUUAUUCUAUUUAUACUUUUUUUUGGUACAAAUCUAUUUAUACAUGUUAUUUGAGUUUUAUUUUCCCUCACAAUAUUUAUACUCCAUGUUAAGCAUUUUUUUAUCAUCAUGACCAGGUCAAAAUUUUCUAAUUGAAGCUAGUGCUUGUUUGUGAGAUUUAAUAGAAAGCAAAAUUAUUAGUCUACACGUGUAGAAAAGAAGUCCAUAAGUAAAAAUGGUGUUCUUAAUCAUUGCUAGUGCUAGAAUUCGGGAAGUAAUUACAUGAGCAUGGUUCAUUUUGUGUUAAAUUUAUGCCUCUUAGUAUUGUCAAAAUGAAGAAUAAAUACAAAUAAAAGCAGGGUCGACACAAAUUGCUAUCUAGAAAGAGAGAAAAAAUGGCUCAACUUGAACGCCCUCAGAGAUAUGUUGAUGGUACAAAAAGUCCUGCUAGCAUCCAAACCAUGGAACAACUUCUUCGAGCAGGAGAAGCUGCAUCCGCAUCAAAGCCAAAGCUGUCACCAAGCAAAUCCUCCUCUUCCUCAAACUGUUCUUCCCCAUCCUCUCCUUUCUUCCAGAGGUUGAAGCAUCAUGACUCAGAAGAAGACCAUGGCCAGAAUCAGAAGAAAUCAGUUAUCACCAAAGUAAAGGAGAAGGCCAAGAAGUUACGCCACACUCUCAGCAAGAAAAAACACGAGGAUUGGACCGCUACUAGUCCCUCUGCGGGAGCAGGGUCAGAAGGUGAUGGAGCAGAAGAAGAUGCUGAAUAUCAUGGAGCUCCGAUGUAUGAAUCCGAGAUGGCACCUGAAGGAUACAAAGAAAAUGUCAGGCAACAUUCAAGAAUGAGUCCAAGAAGCCCACAGACACAUGUUCUGUCAAACAAUGAGAAACUUGGAUUAGAACAAGCUAGAGAAAAGACGCUGAGUCGUUCACUUUCGAGGAAAACAACACAUCCAGCUGCAACUGCUGCUACUUCUACUACACUCUCUGGUCCAAGCAAUAUAAUAACUAAACCCAUAGCCGAGGAGAAUAUGUCACCGGCAUAUGCUGAAGGAUCAGAAACAGCUCAUUACAUAACCUCGAAAGUUCAUGGCCUCUCAGUUUCAAAACCUGGAGAGGGUCACAUUUCAUCACCAACAGCUGCAACAACUCAUAAACUGUCGUCGUUGUCCCUUCGUACUUCACGUACCCCUCCCGCUAAGAUACCUUCUCAAACAGGUCCAAGCACACCUCGCGCUUCAUCAAUUCGAAUGGGAACUCCACCACGUUCACCACCCUCAUCUGCUCCACCCGGUGCGAGCAAUACUAGCCCCACCUCACAAAUAUGGGAUAAGGGUGUUUCCGUGAAGGAAUACUUGAUGAACAAAUUUGAGCCAGGUGAAGAUGAGAAAGCUCUCUCAAAAGUGAUAUCUGAAGCAAUGAGUCCUAGGAGAACUCCCGGUGAUGUAGGCGUGAUUGAGAAGGUGAGAGAAGCUGUAACAUCUUUACUCCGAACUGAGGAACCAGAAAAACCCGCUGACACAGACACAACCACAACUACAACUACGCAUACACCGUCCCAAGUCUCAGCAUCCACCAGCACUACUCACGCACCAUCUCAAAUCCCUGUAUCUUUCAACGCUCAAGAAGCUGUUGAGGUAGAAAACCAUGACAGGAUUCUUCAGGCAAAUUGAAAGUCCCUAUGAUGCGUUUGCUGCAUUUUUGUGAAUGUAUUCGGUUUCUGUUCAACCUUGUUGUAUAUGUACCCCAUAAUUCAGCUGAAAAUAUAGUUUCCCUUAAAUUUGUAAAAUUAAAUUGUAUCUAAUAAGUUGUGUUCUUCGUGUAAUGAACUGAAGGAUGAUGAAUUGUAUAUUUGUAUAAUAUUGCAUAUACUGGUAUUUUUUUGCUACAAAAUAUUUUAUAGUUGCUAAUCACAAUACUAAAAUCAUAAGU